AUAAGCAUCGGAAGAUGAACGCGAGUUCCCAUAGUUUCCUUCGUGCCUCCACCCGCACCUCCAUGGCUCUCGCGCUGAUGCGAGAUGCCUUCAUAGGCGAUGUCCUCUACCAUGUAUCGCGCCACCGUCUCUUCCAGCACCCGGAGGACCGCCCGGGCUUCACCAUCCCUACGCCACGAAGAUCUGUCAAAAGCACGAGGAGUGGAUUGUCUUCCCGUUCGAAUCUCGAAAUAACUACCGUCGCCGAACCGGAACGACUUGACGACGAAGAGUCCCAGUUACCUCGCGUCGACUCUGACCUGAUUACAAUAGUUGUGCCUGAAUCCUCAGAACAGCAGAGGCCGGCGCGGCAAAACGUUGUGGAGGUCGAAGAAGGUGAUCUCGCGAAGGAAAAGGAAAAGGCGUCGAGAACCCUCAGAACUGGUCCAUCGCCAAAAAAAUACUUCAUUACUUUCCAAAUCUGCCUGCUCACCCUCAGCGUGUACAUCGGCUCCGCGAUCUACUCUCCAGGCAUCGACGAGAUCGCCGCCCAGUUUGGCGUCUCACCCGUCGCCGCGACGCUCGGCCUCACGCUCUUCGUCGUCGGUUACGGCAUCGGCCCGAUGUUCCUCAGCCCGCUCUCGGAGCUGCCGCAGAUCGGGCGCACGACGGUCUACAUUUCAAUCUUGGCGCGCUGCUCCCGUUGCGCUUCCUCGCCCGCGCUCGCGACCGGCGGGGCAACCCUCAAUGACAUGUGGGCACCCGGGCACCGCGCGGCUGUCAUCGGCCUCUGGGGCGUCGCGGGCAUCAGCGGGCCCGUGCUCGGGCCACUGCUCGGUGGCUUCGCGACGCAGGGCGAGGACUGGACGUGGACGAUCUGGAUCUUGCUCUGGAUGAGCGGCGUGACGCUCGUCUUCCUGACGCUCUUCCUUCCGGAGACGUCGGCCGAUGCGCUGCUGUACCGCCGUGCGACACGCCUCCGCCGCAUCACUGGAGAUAACCGGUUCAAAUCCGAGGGCGAGAUCGAGGUGGAGCAUAUGACGGUCGGGGAUAUCGCGAUGAUGCAUCUCGUGCGGCCGUUCAUCCUGAUGUUCGUCGAGCCGAUCGUCGCCUUCUGGAACAUCUACAUUGCCCUAGUCUAUGGCAUCCUCUACAUCUUCAUCGAGUCAUUCAGGGUCGUCUUCGUCGAGGAACACGGCUUCAAUCUUGGAGAGAACGGGCUGGCAUUCCUCGGCAUAUUCGUCGGCACAGUUCUUACAUACGUCGUCUUCGCCCCCUACACUCUCAGGGUCCUGAAACCCAAGUUCGUCGACAACACCUUCGUCCCAGAGAUGCGCCUGCCCAUCGCCAUCGUCGGCUCGGUGUUGCUCCCUAUAUCCAUGUUCUGGUUCGGCUGGACGAGCUCCGCAAGCGUGCACUGGAUCGUGCCGAUCAUCGCCUCCGCGUUCUUCUCUGCGGGGACGUACAUGCUCUUCCAGGCGGGCCUGAACUACCUCGCGAACUGCUACCCGCGCUACGUCGCGUCGGUGCUCGCGGGGAACGACUUCUUCCGGUCGAUGAUCGGAGCAGCGUUCCCGCUGUUCAGCACUGCAUUCUUCCACAACCUCGGCGUCGGCCCCGCGUGCAGCCUCCUCGGCGGCGUCGCAGUGAUGAUGCUACCGAUCCCGUGGAUAUUGUAUCGCUAUGGUGCGCGCAUUCGCUCGUGGAGCAAGUACGCCGACUAG